AGAGAAAGAAAAAGCCUGAAGAAAAGGGGAGCGGAGGAGACAGACGACAGGAGACGAAAGGCUGACACACAUCCCAAACCCCACAAGAAAAAUGCCCAAUUUUGCAGGCACCUGGAAAAUGAAAAGCAGCGAGAAUUUUGAAGAUUUGCUCAAAGCUCUGGGUGUGAACGCAAUGCUGAGGAAGGUUGCAGUGGCGGCUGCAUCCAAGCCCCAUGUGGAGAUAAGGCAGAAUGAUGAGCACUUCUACAUCAAGACUUCCACCACCGUCCGCACCACGGAGAUCAACUUCCUCAUCGGAGAAGAGUUUAAUGAGGAGACGGUGGACGGCAGAAAGUGUAAGAGCUUGGCCACUUGGGAAACAGAAAACAAGAUGUACUGCAAACAGACUCUACUGAGUGGAAACGGCCCGAAGACCUUCUGGACCCGAGAACUCAAUGGGGAUGAACUCAUACUAACCUUUGGAGCCGAUGAUGUGGUGUGCACGCGCAUCUAUGUACGAGCAUAGCAGAGGUCCACAAGUUCAAAUAUUCUCAAACAGUUGGUGUUUCAGUGUCAGAGCUGUCAGUGUGAGAAAUCACAUAAAAUCAACACUUUCAAAUCAUCCUUUUAGACAUUCAAUGUUUUGCAUCUUCACGAAAGUCACAAUUUCAGAUGUUACCGCUUUAUCCAUUUUUGUAUGUCAUUUUUCUAGCAUUGGAAAUUGAGCAAAUUAUUUUUUGUUUGUUAUGUUGAACAGCGUUUGCUUUUAGGACAGCAGGAAAGACAAACACGCAGCUGAUGAAUAACUUGCUAGUCAGUGUGUUAUCUUUUUCUAUAAUAAAAAAACAAGUGGCGCAUAUCAUAAAAACACCGUCAGGAAAUAAAAAGAAAGUGGUCAACUAAAUGUCUUACUAUUUAACAUAUAGUUUAAUGCCAAACACCAUACUAACACUCAUGUACAACAUCAUAAAAGUCAAUAGACACAUUAAAACGAAGUCCAAAUAAUGUCUUUAUGUACAAUCAUUUCCCCGGGACUUUCUGUGGUAUUCUAUAUUAAACAUAGUAAAUACAAAAAUAAAAACCCAAGUAAUAAACUGUUCCAAGAU